AUGUCAUCCAUCUGCGUCCCCGUCUCUCCACCGCAGUCAUCGUCGCUGCUCCACCGUCUGCCGGUCGUGAGCCCGCUCGAGUCGCUACCGGGGGAGCUGCUCGACAUGAUAAUGGACUGGUUCAUGGACCAAGCAUUUGUGCUCGGCAACGGGCAACGGUCGCGCGCCAAGGCACGCUGCUUCGCGUCUCGCGCCGUCCUGCGGAAUCUGUGCCUCGCAUCGAAACUGCUCUGCAAGCACGCACGGCCCGGAUUGUACCGUCACGUCGUGCUGUUGGGCGGUCGUGACAUGGCCCUUUUGCUUGGCACACUCCUCAACAACCCGCGACUCGGCCUGUCAGUGCGGGGGUUCGUGUGCCUUGCCGACGCGAGCGAUGUAUGCACGUCCGACUUCUCGUUACGGACAAACAAUGCCGGCGGCCUCGAUUUCCGACAGUAUCAGCCUUUGGCAGCACUCGCCGACGUUAUCGACGCCGAGUGGCAGCAGCGCAUCCACUUGGACGGAGAAACGGCCCCCUAUCUCCUCCUAAUGGACACGCUCAUUGCCUUGCUCUGGCUGGUGCCAAAUGCCGAGCGAGUCUGCUUCCCACUUCCGGCAGAAAGACGCCUUUUUCACCAGUCACGCGCGGGGCCGGUUUUGCUAUCGCUCUUUUAUAGCGACCGACAGGUACCGCUCCUGCAGCACGUCACCCACGCCCAGAUUUGGCCUCAUGGGCGCGCACCUCACGACUACUUGGAUUUGGGUCAAUGUGGACCAGUCUUGGGGGCGCUACCUAGACUGGAGACACUUGAGCUGGCUGAUGAUGACGGUGAUUUUGGGGAUUUCCCGGCGGCCGGCUCCCACUUUCAUUAUUCAGGGCCCAUCAGACACCUCAUUCUGCACCAGAGCUCCUGCACGCCGUGCGAUGUGUUCGAUAUCUGCCUUCGCCUCCCCGACUUGCAGACCCUGUCCGUCACGACGGACGCCGACGCUGCCACAUUCUCGUUGUAUCCAGUGUGGGAUGCCAAUCAUGGCCCAGGAGGGCUGCGGUCCCCCAGCAACUGUCUCAAUAACGGCCUCCCUCUGCUCAAGGACACACUGACCAGCUUGCAUCUCCAGCUGGACUACAACUCGCCUGUCGCUCCUCUGAUUGGGCCGGCGGGGAAGCUCACAUGCUUGCCUGCCAUGUCCAUACUCAGUGUACUCUCCAUUGGCGUACUCCAGCUAUACACUUGGGAGGAGAUGAUGACGCCCGAUUCGCCCCGUAACAAGCUCGCAAGCGUCUUACCAGCAUCACUCACCAUCUUUAGGUUACACAUUGACAGGGCUCUCCGGUUAAGCCAGCAGAAAGCGUGGUACGGAACUCUCGUGAGGACACUAAACGACCUUGCUAGCGACGUGAAGAGUGUGCUGCCGCAUAUUGGGACCAUCGUCGUUGUCCUCUCGGGCCCAUAUCUUGAGAUGUACUGUAGCGAAUUCGCCUCUCUGACCAGGGUCUUUGCUGCAACGGGAGUGCGAUUUAGUUGCGAGACUGGUGAAUAA